GUUAGUCUGCUAUGUUAUUUCUGUAGAGUACACAACCACGUGAAUUAUUUGGUCACAAGCAAGCUACGAUGGUUUCUUUAAGUUUUGAUAAGUGUGAGUCGCCUUUAAUAAAAAAGGAAAUGGAAAAUACUUUGACUAAGAAAAAAUUAGCCCAACCUAAUUUGAAUAAAAGGCGAGCAUGGACGUCGAUCGUUGAAAAUGCGGUUAAAUCUGUAGAUAGUAACGAGGAAUUGAAGACUUCACUCCAUAGAAUUGGCCAAGCUGAAAAAAUCCCCAUUAAAUGGAAUAGAAUGAAAAAAUCUGAAUUCUUGACAUUUUUGGACAACAUCAGUGGUUAUCAAGUAAACCCAAAGAUCGAUGAACAAUCAUGGGAACUCGUGUCUAAAGCUUUGGAAGAACAGCGUAAUAAUAGAGCUAAGAAUGACAAGAACCACAUUGAAGUAACCAAGAGUGUAGUUGCAGUUGGAAAUGAAAACAAAAGAAAAAGUGAUGACAAGUUAGUUGGUGGAAAUAAGAAAAUUAAAAUUGAGACAGAAGUAAGGGAACCACAAAAAAAGGAAAAAGGUACAUUUGAAGAAAACGAAAAGGCAAAAAAGUUAAAAAUCAAGCUGAAUAAAUCCAGAAAUGAAAAAAUUAGAAAAAUGGAAAAAGCACAGUGGCAGAAAAUUAUUCAAAGUAUGAUACCAGAAGCAGGAAACAAUGAUGAAUUAGUACAGAACCUUCAGAGAGUAAGCAAUGCUAGCAAUUUUCCACAGAAAACAAAAUGGGGUUUAUUAAAUAGAAAAUAUUUCAUGUCUUUUUUGAUGAACAUGCCUGGUUACACUAUGAACCCAACAAUAACUGAUCAACUUUGGACUAUGGUUUCAAAAGCCUUGAAAAAAAUUCAAGAAAAAAAUCAUGGUGGAACAUCAGUUGAGUCAAAUAAGGUCCCUAAAAUAUUUAGCAGAAAGGAAGCCUGGGCUGCUUUGUUGAAAAACAUCAUUAUGGAAAACACAGAUAGUGAUCUGACAAGUAAUCUUGAGCGAAUAAGCAACGCCGAAAAGUUCCCAAAAGAUCCGAAUAAACUUAACCAGAAGAAAUUUAUGAAUUUUUUGAACUGCCUUCCUUCUUAUCCAACAAAUCUUGCAAAAGAUGAGAAAUUGUGGAAUUUGUUUUCAAAGGCUUUAAAAGAGCGAAAGGAAAGCAACGCUCUGAAUACUAACGCGAUCAAAGAUGAAGAUAACGGAACCCAAGGAGAUAUUCCAAAUGAAAAUAGAAGCAAGAAGAAAAGGAAGCAACAAACUGAAGAAAGCAAGUCUCAGGUUAAAGGAUCAACUAAUCAAGCUGACGAUAAACUGAAUCCUCCCGAACAAUCCAUCAAAGUGAAAUGGUGCACGAUUGGAAAGAAAAUUUUGCGCGCCCAAAAUGACAACGAGCUACCCUUGAAGAAGUUUCAGAAAAAGAUUGUCGCAGAAUAUUUAAAACAAACUGGCGGCAAUAGUGAUAAUGAAUCUGUUGAAGCCUUGUGGUCCAAGUGCCAAAAGAAACUGUCUAAAAAUUCAAAAUUUCAGAUUGUUGAUGACAAAAUCAAAAUGAUUUCACGAUGAUGACGUCUGCCUGUAAUGACGAGACCGAUGAAUCCAUUAAACGAUCCAUUUCCUUGUUAGCAACAUAUUUGCCCUUUCCAACAGGUGGUUAAUCUACUCCGGUUCCCUUGCGUGGACGAUUUUCGAAAGAAGGUAUGAGCCCAAUUUAAAUUCUUAGUAGCAAUUAAAAAUCUUAGUACAACUACGUAAAGUUUACUCGCUUUGCAGCACCGUAGAUGCUUUUCAAUAUUAUUUAGCCGACAAACGAAGGAAAAAGUUCUCGUAGGGAAGCCCAGAUUAUUAAAUACGAUUAUUAUUACGCCUUCGCCCCGUCUUAAACCGAUGAAUUUAUUUCUUUCUUUUAAAGAAAUGUCGCAGUCUACAAGGAUUACGUGGCUGAUUUACAAAGCUCUGAUUGGCUAGUUUGGUCUGUCGUAUUUUGUGUUUACUUAGCCCUGUUGCACUUGAUUAUUGUGUGUUAGUCCCCACAGCUGUUUAUUGAAACGUGGAGCCACCAGAUCGCAGCAGAAAAAUAAGGGGGGAUCUACGUGGCGUUUGGUGAGGUGGCCGUUCGUGAUAGGUCGAGUAUUUUUUCCGAGCUACGGGACUUGAACGAGAGUUGGUGGGAUGAAAUGGAACGGACGAUAAGCUGCCGCCGGGACGAACAAGCGGAGAGAGGGAGAAAACAAAUCAAGUUUUAUAAGAACAAGUGAUUCUCUGAUAAACUGAAGGGAGAACCAGUAAGGGCGAACAACCGAAAAGAAAGGCAAUGGGAAGAAGAAAAUAGUUAUAUAGCAAGUUCUUGUGGGUUGGAAGAAGGGAGAGAGAAGCUAGAGGUUCUGUCCUAACGGUACAUUUCAGCUGUUAGCUGGCGGCAGUGAAGCUUUCGUGCCGAGAUAGGGUAUAACGUAUACUAUACACAAGGGCAGAAACGGUGACACGGGAGGAAAGCCGAGAAAACUUAGUCUUAUCUCAACAGGGCAGACAUUUUUGUUGUUGUGUUCACUCCCUUGUUGGUUGUUUGUCUCUCUCUCUCUCUGCCGAGUGUGUGGCAGCGUUUGGAAUCGACGGGUUUAGGUUAGCACAGUUGCGGUUCUACACAGUCUGACGGCCGCAGUGCCAGGAGAGAAGGAGACGGGCCCCACACACACACACAACACUCGACAGGAGAAAAGAAUAACAAGUGUCUUAUUUUGCUAUCCCGGCAGAUCGACACGUCCCACAAACUCACGCAGUAGGAGCUGCAACUUUGACGCGACGCUCGAUCAAUAUAUUAUAUAGUGAGAGCAAGUUUGCUUCGUGCCUGCGCCACACACUGCAACAAGCGAGAGGCACAAGAGAUCUGCUCGCCGCAAUCAUGUCGGAUCCCACCACAGCUGAGGAAGCGGCGGCCAAAGCCGCUCUCGACAGUGCCCAAUCGAGUUUCUUCCUUUCGUCCAAAUUGAUUUUCCUGCUGGCUCUGAUGGUUCCGGUCGCCCUGUUAGGACUAUUUGCCCGGAAAUUGUUGAUGUCCGAGAAGGAGAAGGAAAUUCGACGGAUGGAGAAGAAGAAAGCCAAAGAGCAACGAAAGAAGAAAUGAAUAAUCCCCAUCAGGAGCAACUGACGAGAGAACACGAA